AUGUGGAACGGAACUACACAUAAAUCCACGGUUAAAAACGAGUUGACAAAAUACGAGAAAGUAGAUUUGACAAAAUACGAGAAAGCGGCAGAACUUUAUGAGGUACAUUCUUCCGCCAGGCACGACCAUGAAGAUCUCUUAGUUCGCAACAAGUACAAGUACUUGAGCAGCAAAUGCAGUAACGCAAGUGAAAGCAGCUGGGUGGAACAACUGAGAACUGUCUUUAAAAUGACCGACACCGACUCUUCUGGAAAGGCCAGAUUGUUUGAUCUGAACAAAAAUUUAAAGUCCAUAACAGGCGAUAAGAGCAAAUAUCUUGGUUACGAUUUGUUCCAGGGAUCUCUUGCCAGGGAUGCCAGGAAAGUAAGCUUUGAAGAUGUGAGGAUUAUCGAGAAAUUCUUGAACACACUAUUGCAGAGCGCAGCCUACAUUCCUCAACCGUUCAACCUUCCAUCCAACUAA